UCGAUUUGUUGCAGCAUCAGCCUACCAGUAAUCGGUGAAGAGAAGAAACGGUGUGCCAGGUAAUGGACGAAUCCAGAACAUGUCAGCGCAUCGAGCGGGGUGGAACAACAGGUCCCCAAGCAUAGGUAUAAACCGAGUCAGUAUGUCAACUCUAGUAUACUAUCCAGACCCUUGGUGCUUCCUGUAAUUCAGUAAGCCCCACCACUAGCCAGCGGAAGUGGACCCGGAGAUCAACACUGGCCGUCGUGUUCGCUUUCGGCAUCGCCUUCAACCCAGCCGUCUCCACCAGAUACGACCAAUACGGCAGUGUAUACAUAUUAAGAGCGACUAUAAAACCGCCUUGACGUCGCACAACAGUUGCUGGCCACAUAAUACGCACAAUGUCGUUCGAAAACAAGGUCGUCAUCGUCACCGGCUGCAGCAGCGGCAUCGGCCUCGCCACCACACACGUCCUGCUCGAGCGCAAGGCCAAGGUCUUCGGCAUCGACAUCGCGCCGUUCGCACAGGAGCUCGACGCCGCUACUUUCGCGUUCCACCAGGUCGAUCUCACGAAGCCGAAUGCGGCGGACGAAGCAGUGGCCGCCUGUGUCGCGAAAUACGGCGCAAAGAUCGACGUUCUGGCAAAUGUUGCGGGUGUCAUGGACGCUUUUGCCAGCGCCGACACGGUCAAGGAGUCCGAGUGGGAGCGCGUACUCAGCAUCAACCUGACGGUCCCGGUACGGUUGAUGGCGGCUGUGCUGCCGAGUAUGCAGGCGCACAAGGGCGGCGCGAUUGUGAAUGUUGCGAGCAAGGCGGCGCUGAGCGGUGCCGUGGCAGGUGUCGCGUACACGGCGAGUAAGCAUGGGCUUGUGGGCGCAACGAAGAACGUGGCGUGGCGAUUCCACAGUGAGGGGAUUCGGUGCAAUGCAGUGCUGCCGGGCGGUGUGGCGACGAAUAUAUCGGCUUCGAUGCGGAUGGAGAAUAUGGAUAUGGCGGGCUACACGGCCGCGGCGGGUGUUAUUGGGCUGCACAAUCGUACUGAUGCGCAGGGAGCGCCGGUGUUCGACGUUACAGCGCAGGAUGUUGCUAAUGCGAUUGCGUUCCUGGCAUCGGAUGAGGCGAAGAGUAUCAAUGGCGUGCUGGUUCCAGUGGAUAACGCUUGGUCCGCGAUUUAGAAAUGCGGAAUUGAUGCAAACAAUAUCUUGACUGAGAUAUUUCGAACGCUUCUUCGCUCAUAAUGAAUUGGCG